AUGAGAGUUGGGAAGGACAUGAAUAUAAGAGCGAGCACCUGCGAGCACCCCACCCACGUUAGGGCUUGUGCGAAGCAGGAGUAUGCGAACACUCGCUGCUGUACUCCUUGUGCUCGCGAUCUUCAAGGGAUCACUCUGCACUCACGUCAUCCAAAUUGACAAAAGGGAUGGCGGCUACGAAAAUAUCAUGGUCGCACUGCACAGAGAUGUGACUGAGAGUGAGAAGCUUGUGGACAACAUUAAGUUACUGUUCCAGGCAGCGUCAGAUUUCCUACACAGAGCCACGCGCGGACGCGUCUAUUUCAAGACUGUUACAAUCGGCGUGCCGAGUACGUGGCAGGUAAGGAAAGGUGUGAAGAGGAUCCUGGCCGAUGAGUACAUGAGUUCCCACGUACGGGUGGAGAACUCGCCCCAUGGAAACAACCCAUACACCCACCACAAGCGAAACUGUGGGGAACACGGACAUUAUAUCCGUAUCACACCAGAGUUUGUCCUUAACCUCAAGUCGACCACCAAGACAAACUAUGGUAACCCAGCCUAUCAUCUGAUCCACGAGUGGGCUCAUUUCCGUUACGGUGUGUUUGACGAGUACGCAGCACCCGGUGAUCCAGAGGGCAAAUCAGCAUUCUACUGCGAUGGCGGAAAGGUCAGACUUAACGGAUGCUCGCGAGACAUCAAGUUCUUCCCUGCCACGGCAAGCGGCGACAAGUGUAAGCUUUACGACGAGUGUAAAGUAUCGGACGACUGCAUCCCCUAUGCUGACCCUUCUCAAGUGCUCUCCAGCGAAUCAUCCAUCAUGUUCAUGCCAGCCAUGGAAAAUAUUUCCCUGUUUUGUGACAGCCGUCACAACCCCAUCGCCCCCAAUAAGCACAAUGAAAAGUGCCAAGGAAAGUCAACGUGGGAAGUGAUCAGUAGCAACAAAGAUUUUGUAGGGCUGCAAGCUCGCGACAUCUCCAAACCUACAAGAGUCACUUUCAGAGAAAUUCAACACGGCCCUCAGUGCUCCGGGCGAUACGUGUUUGUGCUGGACGUAUCGGGAAGUAUGCAAGGUGAAAGGAUAAAAGCACUCAAGGAUGCUGCUACGUUUCUUCUGCGAUAUACCUUCCCGCCAGGAUUCGACGUCGCCAUCGUCACCUUCAGCGGUCAAGCGCAGCUCCUCAAGGGUGUCACCAAACUAGACUCCAGAAGCCAGGGAGAAUUCAUUAACGUGAUACAGAGUCUGCGAGCUGGUGGUGGUACAGGUAUCGGCGCGGGUCUCUCACUUGGACUGCAGGCUCUUAAAUAUGGAUUGAAUUCCGCAGAAGGUGGCACUAUAGUCCUGAUGACAGAUGGCGAAGAAAACGAACACCCAUAUAUGCGAGACGUGUUGCCGGACCUCGUUAAUGAAAAAGUGAAGGUAUCUGCCUUGGCAUUCGGAAAGGAUGCGGAAAAGAAGAUAGAAGCCGUAGCAGAUGCGACAGGGGGACGGACGUACACGUUUAAUGACGAAGGCUCCACAGGCGCCGCUCACGCUCUGGACUCUGCUCUUCAAAAUGCAGUUACUGGGGAUUUUGAAGGAUGUGUCACGAGAAUCACGAUUGCUGAAUUGUCUCUGAAUACGACGAGUGCAGAAAGUAUCGAGUUCACUAUAGAUGAUAGUGUUGGUGAUGACACCCUGGUUACCAUUGUGAGUUCAUCACCCAACAGCCUCAAUAUUACCCUCCUGGAUCCCCGAGGAGAGAUCUUCACUGCGGGUACACGAGAGCUUACGGACACACGGGUCAUCAUUCAUGUUCCGUCGCCAACUACGGCGGGUACGUGGAAGCUGCUAGUUGAGAACACUGACGCAGGAGGAGUGGCCGACUUCCACGUGCGUAUCUCGUCCAAGACGAAAACUGAGGAGGCAAUCAGGGCCAUUGCCUACGUGAAUAGUGCUUCCAUCGAAAGUCCUGAAGAAGCAAGAAUUUAUGCGGAACUUACAUAUGGAGAAUACGUUGUCCUCGGCGCCAAGGUGAUAGCAACUGUGGUAGGACCAAGAGGUGGUCCUGGCGUAGACGUUCGACUCUUGGACGAUGGAACAGGAGGUGACGCAAGUCCAGACGACGGAGUCUACUCAGGAUAUUUCACCAAAUUCAAUGGGAAAGGCAGAUACGCUGUCGUCAUUAAGGUUUAUGGCAGAGGCGCGGCGUACAUUGCUCACAGUCCAUUCCCCGCAAGAGGAAUCCCACACUACAGGUUGCCACAAGGUAAAACUCUGGGACCCAUGGCAGAAUCAUUCUCAACAGCGGCAUUCGAUGUCGUCAGCGGCGCACCCCAGGGAACUAAGUCCAUGCUGAGAAGAGUGAAGCGAUCCGGCCCGUUCCAAAGGGUGGCUAACGCUGGCUCAUUUCAAGCCAAAGAAGAUUUCGAAGAAAAGAGAAUUCCCCCCGGAGCUAUCACGGACCUUAAAGCAUCUGUUGUGAAAAAAACACCGUUUCUUCCACUCAACACCACAUUGUCCUGGACGUGUCCUGGGGCCCACAUGGAUUCAGGGCAUGCCUCUCACAUCGACAUCCGCUACAGUGUGAAUCUUAGACAGCUGCAACAGAACUUCGACUCCGCGGGCAAGUUACAGAUGAAUCACGUGAUCCUGGGACAAAUGACCCUCCUUCCUCCCGGCACGAGACAGAAGAUCACGGUGUUGUUACCAAGUGAUGCGGUUACAAAGAUAGCCAAGUCACCAGGUGCUGCUGUGUACUUUGUCGCCAAGGCAGUAAAUGGGCAAAAUAUAACUUCCGAGAUUUCCAACAUUGCCGUUGCUUUUAGGCCGCCACGCUGCUGUAGCAUCAUAAUCGGCAGUGUAUGUGUUCCGUGUCCGCAGCGUAGGAACUGAUCACUAAAUGCGGAGCAGCCGUCUACUUUUAGCAUCCGACCGGAACAAGUGCUCUAUUUUUUAAUAUCAGCGGCUUGAUCCAGGAGAAGACUGCCAACUUGGUGCCCCCUGUGGCUGGAUCGGAGUACUUGCCCCUCUCGUAUACAUCAGCACUAAUUACAUGUAGCUAUAGCGACGAUGAUUCCAAUCAUUAUCUUUGGAGAAUUGCUGGCGAAGAAAAAAUAGCCAUUGCACACUAGGCAAUAUAAGUUUAAGGUACUGCUUAUUUUAUUACCAUUGAAACUUGUAGUCUUUUUUUGUUUUGGAACCUCCUGUAGUGAAUUUUCUUGAGAUGUACAUUCAUGGUUGUCAAAUAAAGAAAACAUUUACCAUGA